AUGCCACAACAACCGCUAAAUCAAGGAUUUUUUCAAUUUCAACACAAUGGUCCCUAUAUAUGGCAACAACAACAACAACAACAACAAGGACAAUUUAUGUCUCAAGGUUUUCCGGCAUUUUCUUUGUUUCCUCCAUUUCCAAAUUUUGUUCCUUUUCCGAACAAUGUGAAUUAUAAUACCUACAGCAUGAAUUAUAGUUCACCAAAUCCUAAUCACAUGUUUACUGAUAAUGAUAAUAAUUAUUCAUCUGCACAAUAUCAAUGGCAAAGCCAUCAUCCAGAUAGAGGAGGAAAUAAUAAAACAAGUUAUGAACGCAAUGGAAAUCAAGAACAAUAUGCAUCAUAUCCUGAAGGUGCCGUCUAUCGUCGUGCUAGUGGACCUGGUUGGCAACGACAAGAAAUGUUUUAUCCGAGCAAUUCAUUUAAAUAA